AUGCCUCUCUUUUCCGCGCAUUCACUCUCCCCUCCUCUCCUCUCCUCCACACCCCUCCCCCUACCUCCACCACUCUUUCCACCUCUUUUUUCCAACCAGGAGCCAAAGGUUCGUGUGCCCCCGGCGCCCCUCCUCUUCUCCCCCAUUCUCAACGCAUCCCUGCCAACCACCUUCCUCCACCUCAUUCCCCGCCGUUACCGCCGCUUCCUUCCUGCUUUGGAUAGUGCCCACCCGCUCGUGCUAUCUGUUCCCGGGGAUGCUGCUCCCAAGCACGCUGUGUGCCUACGGGUGAGUCUUUUGAGCUACUCCCAACCCGCCCAGCCUAGAACAGGCCUUGACCACCGCUUCCUCCCCGGCUUAGAGAGCACCCAAACGCGCGUGCUCUCUGCUCCGGGGGAUGCUGCUCCCAAGCAUGCCGUGUUCCUGCGGGGGCGCGUGCUGCCCAGUCCCAGUGUUGCUGCUCGCAAGCACGCCGUGUGCCUGUGGGUAGCUGAGGAGUCCGAACCAGCAGUGGAGCUCUCUCUCUCCGAAGCCAUCUCAUCCCCUGUCACCGCACUCCACCUCUCCGGAACCACUGUCUUCGCCUCCACUCCCUCCACCACCAUCACAAGCACAAGCAGCAGCACAGAGAAUGAUGAUAUCACACACAAGGGGGCGGAUGCAGGUCUGGGGGCGCUGCUAGGGUUUGACGAUCCGUUUGCAGUGUUCCAUCUGGCAGCGAGAUUAGCCGCGUGGAGGAGCUGCUCCCUGCUUGCUCCACGCCUCCCCACGGGUGGAGACGCCGCCUUCCCUCCCUUUGCCCUCAAUCGUGCAUUGCCCUUCAGCCCCUCCCCCCUGCUUGCCCUUCAGCCCCUCCCCCCUGCUUACCCUUCAGCCCCUCCCCCCUGCUUACCCUUCAGCCCCUCCCCCCUGCUCCAAUUCCCCUCUCCCUCCCACCCUUACCCCCUCUCCAAGCUGCCCCACGUCUCCCCAAGGGCUAUAAGUCAUUUGCUCCCAAUCGCCCCUUUCCCCUUCCGUCCCUCUCCUUCCCUCCCAUUUGCUUCACCCCCCCCUUCUCCCUCCCAGCUGCCCCACGCCUCCCCAUGGGCAUCGCUGCUACUCAAGGCCACCCUUGGAGAUGCCGCCUUUCCUCCAUUUGCUCCGCCCGCCACCACCACCACGGCCACUGCCACCAGCACUGCUGCCAAAGCCUCUACUGCUGACACCAGUUCUUCAGUGGUGUGUUUUGAUCGCGUGGUGCUGCUGCGAGAUCCCGUGCUGCCUGCUGCUGCUGGUGAUGAUAAUCUCGAACAUUCAGAGCACGCUGCAGCCUCUGCCAUAGCUAAGGAGCAGCGGAGCAGCAGUGUUGAUGGUGGUGGCGGCAGAGGUGGCGGCAGCAGCAGUGGCAGUGGGGAUGCUGAUACAGGGCUUGGCUGUGACAGCCGUGCAGCCAUUGUCCGAUCAGCCCUACGCCAUACAUGCCGUCUCCAGCCGCCCGUCCGCUCCUCUCUAACCAUCCUCAUGUCUAACCCUCUCUCAUGCUCCCUCUUCCUCUUUCCCCCCCCUCUUCCUCUUUCCCCCACUUCUCCUCCCCCCCCUCUCCCCACCUCAGUCUCCAGCCGCCCUCUCCAGCCGCCCAUCCGCUCCUCUCUAACCAUCCUCAUUGCGGGUUCAGACGCCGCAUGGAGACAACACAUGCCGCCCCCCUUGCACCCCGCCAACCUGACUGCUGCCCUGCACAAGGAGUGCUCCCGUGCACAUCUGCCCUGUGAGGUGGUGCAAGCACAGGAGGGUGAUGACCCAUGCACCGAUCAGGUCAGUUCUGAGAUGCUGUUUCUACGCAUCUCAAAAGGACCAACCUGA